GUUGGUUCCGGACUGCGGGGCCGGAAGAAUUCCAAGUACCUGCACGACCCACGCUGCUGCGAAUGCUCCUUCAGGGCGUCUAGUCCUUCUUGUUCGAGAUUACCCCCAAGAUGUCAGCUCCAGGCCAUGCAUGGGUCCGAAGAGUGAAGAAGGAAGAUGAGGAAGAAGACCCCCUGGACCAGCUGAUCUCCCGCUCUGGCUGUGCUGCUUCCCACUUUGCCGUGCAGGAGUGCAUGGCCCAGCACCAGGACUGGAGGCAGUGCCAGCCGCAGGUGCAGGCUUUCAGGAACUGCAUGAACGAACACCAGAGCAAGCGGCGGGAGGAGCUUCAGAGAAGGAAAGAGCAAACCAGCGCCCCGCACUGAGACCUCAGACCAUCUAUGCCAGGUGGAUGGCCCUGAAGAAACCAGCACCCAGCAAAAUCAACAGGACGAAGAAAUAGUAACAGUGGAAGUGUGAGCCAAGAAACAGAAGACCUAGGGAGAGUCUUGGGGCAUGUGUAUUGAUAACCGAGGAGCUGUGGGUUUGGACAUGAGUGAACGAAAGAGCUGCCCUGUAUUCAUGGCAAGAUCAAACACGUCCUCGCCCUUCAUAUUUCCCUAUUUUUAAAUAUUAGGCAAUAUUUGUCAAGUAAAACGAGUAAAGGGUUGUUAUUCUACCUUGA